AUGUAUGCUAAGGUUCUUCUAGUCGCUGCUAUCUUUGGCUAUGCCGCAGCAAGACCACAAGACGGCUACGGUCACGGUCACGCUUACUCGUCACAGAGUAUCGUACUGCACCAGCCUCAAAGUCAUGACUCACACCACAGUGUACCUGUACAUCAUGUAGUGAAGCCGGUUGUACACGUUCAACAACCCAUCCACCACCAAGAAUCUCCUAAACAUGACGAUCAUGAGGAACACCACGUUGAUUACUAUGCUAUCCCCAAAUACACAUAUGAAUACAAGAUCGAGGACCCCCACACCGGCGACAACAAGUACCAGCACGAGACCCGUGACGGUGACGUCGUCAAGGGUGUGUACAGUCUGCACGAAGCCGACGGCACCAUCAGGAUCGUCGAGUACACAGCUGACAAACACAAUGGAUUCAACGCCGUUGUAAAGCGAGAGGGUCAUGCCAAACACAUCGUACCAGAACAUCAUUAA